GUGCAAACAGCAAUAGAGGAACUUCUUUCAAUAGAAUGUGAAACUGAGCCAACUUCUGCUAAGAUCCUUUUCCAUGAUGGCUUUGAGAAAGCAGAUAAGAAGGAUGUCAUUACCACAGGACACAUUGUCAGUGGAACGGAGGCUUUCUGUGGGAGGUUCAGUCUUCACAGACCAAGCCAGCUGGUGAAAACAUCCCCACCAACUCUACCAAGAUAUGAUCUUACUAAAACCACCCAUGUGUGUUUUGCACAUAAAGGCCACAUGAGCAACAUCCUUCACAUCUCAGUGUCCUACACCAACAUCUCUUUAUGUGCAGUGACGAGGAACCUCACCUGCCUGUGGGACUUCAAUGAAACUGUCUCUAAAAGCUGGGUGUUCACCUGCACUGACCUCUGGAAGGGGUGUGUGAAUCGCUCCCCUCUCCUCCAGGACCUCCCUGCCAGCUCCCCAGUGUUUGUGCAUCAGGUAGACUUGCUGAGCCCUGUGCUGCAAACAGAAGCAUCUGAGUCAUUUUACCUUGAUGAAGUUGUCAUCGCAGACAGAGCUGUGACUGUUUUUCAGAGGGAUCCCAAACCACCCUGGCUAGGUGGACAGAUAGUUGAAAAAGUAUCUGUGGUGGGGUCUUCUCCCACUUACAAUGUGUCCUGGACGGUGUCUGGCUGUGGUGCAAGUCUGCCCCUUCUCUCCCUAAGGGGUGCUUUGCUUGGGGAAGGCUCUAAGGAGCGUGGCUACCUCGACGUCUCCACGGAGGAUGUGAGAGUCAGCCUCACCAUCCAGACACUGCAGAAGUCAUCCCCACCUCUUGGAGGAACCUUUUCCAUCCACUUGGCCAAUAAAGUGAUAUCAAAUGUUUCAGUGCACAUUUCCUCCCACCAUCUCCGCAAGCUUUUGCAAGACAACACAGAUAACUCUACAGCUCCAUACUUCAACACCAGUGACUUCAUCGUGACCAAAGACUCAAACUCUUGCUAUGAAAACAUCUGGACGCUGACUUGGAAAACAAAAACUGGAGACUUGCCCAAUGUUAUCAAUGUCUCUGCUGAAAAGCUCACUGGUUUGAAGCCAAGUGUUUCUAGUCAUGUGGUUUAUGAUGGAGGUGUGUUUAUUGGGCCGAUAUUUGGGGACAUGCUAGCUACCUUCAAUAACAGAACACAGGUGGUGGUGGUGGUGAAUGAUGUCCUUGCAAACUGUUCUGGUUCGUGCUCUUUCCAGUUCAGCGAGGAACUGACGCCUUUAGUCAGUGAGGUGGAGUAUUCAUCAGAUGAUGGCUCCCAGGCCACAGUAGUUAUCAGGGGCGUUGGCUUCACUGAGGAGCAGACAGCCCUGCAGGUGGAGGUGAACAAUGUGACCUGCCAUGUCAUAACGUUGAAUCAAACUGAAGUAGCUUGCCAGAUGGAGAGCCUGCCAGUUGGAAUCCAUCAGGUGACUCUACUGGUGAGACCUUAUGGCUUCGCACUCAAUGGCAGCACAGGAGAAGGCAUCUUCCUGCGAGUUGAGCCAAACCUGGUAGCUAUUGAACCUCCUACAGCUUCAGAGAUUGGAGGAGUGCGAGUGGCUCUCAAGGGCACAAACCUGGAAGGGAUAAACUUGGUGCUAUUUGGAUCUCAGCCUUGCCCAAUUCUGGAGGACAUCAGAAAUUCAACAAGAAUUGAAUGUAAAGUUCCCUCUCGGGGGACAGAAGCUGCUGCUGUCCAUGUGACACUAAUUUCUGGGUACCAGUCAACAACAGUAAGAAACUUGUUCCAGUAUGAUCCCUCCUUAACCCCUGCAGUUGUGUCACUGAGCAGAAACAGAAGUGGAAUAGCAGGGGGUCAGGAGCUUCAGAUUGGAAUAUCCCACUUUGCCAGCUACCGAGGGUCAGAUAUCAAGGUUCAAAUUGGUGGCUCAUGGGCACAGAUCCAGCUGCAGACGGACCACGGUGUUAAUGUGACUCUUCCAGCCUUGGAUGUAGGAUGGCACAAUGUUUCUGUCCUCAUCAAUGGUGUUGCUCUUGCUUCAAACAGAGUUGAGCCAUUCAUCCAGUACCUCUCGGAGAUCCUCAGCAUAGAGCCCUGUUGUGGCUCCUUUCUGGGUGGAACACUGCUCACAAUCUCUGGGCUGGGCUUUAGCCAGAAUCCUGCUCAGGUUUCUGUUUCAAUGAACAGGCAAACCUGUACGAUUACUCACGUGGCAGAAGAGACAGUUUGGUGCCUGACCCCGCCAGCUUCUAAUUUGUCUAAUGAAGAUACACAGGAUCUCUCUGUUGGAGUAAACAUAGUCAUCAGCAAUAGGUCUCUUCAACAUGCUCUCUUUGCAAAAAGGAUCACCACCUUUAGUUACCAGAGAGCUUUCACUCCUCUGGUUACUGCUGUUGAAACGGAAAUCACAAAUAGCAGCCUGGUCUUGAGCAUCCAGGGGAUAAACGUCACUGGAUCCGUGGCUAAGCUUGGGCACAGGAAAUGCAAUCUUGAAUUUCAACGUGGCAACAAAUCUGCAAGGUUUUUUCAGUGCUCUUUCCCACUGAGCAGCUUGGAACCUGGAACUUUCCCCAUCCAGGUUAUCCAGAGGCAGCUAGGAUACGCUCGUGUGACUGCAAAGAUGCAGAACCUCACAGUAACUCCAUGGAUAACCUCCAUAUUCCCAUCACAAGGUUCAAUCUGUGGUGGGGUGUUGCUCACUGUAUCUGGUAUUGCUUUAAAAUCGAGGAGGAAUUUGGUACAGGUCAGCCUGGGGAGUAAUUAUUCCUGUGAGAUCCAGAACUCUGGUAACAAUGCCAUUAGUUGUAUUGUCCUUCCAGGGGCCCAUCCUUUGCAUUAUCAGUGGUUGGCUGAGGCAUCUUGGGCUCUUAAUGUCACAGUGACUGUCAAUGGGAUCAGCAGUGUCUGCCUUGGAGACUGUACUCUCCACCUUCACGAGCAGUGGACCCCUGUUGUAGAUUUGGUGACCUGGGAGGCCAACGGGACAUUCACCUAUGUGAUGAUCAAAGGACAGAGGUUGUCAUGGCCAAGAGACAGCCCCAUGGUACAUGUCAAUAACCAGGCUGUCUGCAAGGUAACUUUCUGGAAUGAGACCAGCAUCAAGUGCCGGGCAGACUGCAUUGCCCCAGGGGAGCACAACAUUUCCAUCUCCACCAGGAGAAACGGGCAAGCUUGCUUCAGAAAGGUGUCCAAAGUUCUCACCAUCCUGCCUCGGGUGUCCCAGUUUUACCCACAAAACUUCAGUACCAAUGGUGGAGGCCUGCUCACCUUGGCAGGCUCGGCACUGAAAGGAAAGAGAAUGACCUCUGUUCUCAUUGACCAUCACCUUUGUCUCAUUCUCAGUGUCACCUGUGUGUCUAUCCAGUGCACAGUGCCUCCAGGGAACGGCACCAGGGCUUUGAGCCUCAAAGUAGAUGGCAUCUCCUAUUACCUUGGACAAAUAAGUUACGACGAGGAGUUUACCCCAGCUUUCCUUUCUCUUGUUGCAACUGAUCUCCUUUUAACAAUGACAGUAUCACGGGUCACAGAGGUGGACACCAUCUACGUAUCUGUUGGAGACUUUCCUUGUAGCGGCGUCACCAUCACUCACUCUACUUUGCAGUGCUCAGCCCCUCUGCUUCCUGUUGGCAAGUACCCUGUGCUGGGCCUGGAUGUCCCCAGGGGCUGGGCUUCUUCCAACCUGACGUUCACCUCCCAGCUGAGGGUGAGGGCUGUGCAUCACAACUGGGGUGGCUUGGAUGGAGGAGCAGUUUACCUGAGUGGAACUGGGUUUUCCCCGGGGAAGACUUUGGUCACAAUCUGUGGCACCAAGUGUGGACUGUUGGGCAACACGACGACGACUCGCCUGAGCUGCCUGGCCCCACGCUUGCACG